AUGACUAGAGCUCAACUUAAGAAGACCAUGACGAUUAUGAAGAAUCAAUGUAUGCCGAAACACGGUGUUACUAAUGAUAAAGUUGGUAAAAUUGAACAAGGAGUUUUUAUAGAGGAUCACGACGUGAUGUGUUACAUUUUGUGUGUAUAUAAAACUAUACAAGUUGUAAAAAAUAACAGAUUAGACAAAGACUUGAUUUCUAAGCAAGUCAAUGCUCUUUAUCCUCCUGAAAUUAAAGAACCGGUCUCGAAAUCUAUCGAAAAAUGCAUUAUAGUUCAGGAUAAUUAUGAAGAUCCAUGUGAAGGAGUAUUUUACUCAACAAAAUGUCUUUAUGAAGACAAUCCGGCGAACUUUAUAUUCCCUUGAUUAAUCUUCAUUUUCGAGUAUGGUCAUGAAUGAUUCUUAUAUUGAAAUAAAUACAUUUUUCAUA